GCCCUUGCGCCUGCGUACUACGGCUCCAACCCGUCGCUGCGGCCGAGAUCGGGAAGUGUCAAGCGGGUGCUGGUUCCCCCGCCUUCGCCACUAUCACCGCUGAUCCCGGACCCCCUAGCCAGGCGCGUGCCCAGCCGCGAUGACAAACGUGUACUCUUUGGAUGGGAUUCUGGUGUUUGGUUUGCUCUUUGUUUGCACCUGUGCCUACUUCAAGAAAGUCCCUCGUCUCAAAACCUGGCUGCUGUCAGAGAAGAAGGGAGUUUGGGGUGUGUUUUACAAAGCUGCUGUGAUUGGAACCAGGCUGCAUGCUGCUGUGGCAAUUGCCUGUGUCGUCAUGGCCUUUUACGUCCUGUUUAUAAAAUGAAUUCCCAAGCAUCCAUCUCAUCAACGGCCAACCAAGGGGAUGAAGGUGAAGAACCUGUCAGGGGCCUGGGCCCAGCGUAGAAGAGUUCAGCUAAAAUCAUCAAAGUCCCCAGGAUGACACCACAGCAUCUGCCCCUACCAUAUGUGGGGAAAACUCCUCAUGGUUACAAACAUUAUUUAUGCUUCAGGGGACUCCAGAAAGCCAAUUUCCUUUAUGUGUAAAUCAGUCCUCAGCAAAAAGCAUAUAAUGUCCAGAUAAAUUACACCCCUCGUUGAUAACGUUAUACACCUCCUGCUUAAAAACCUGUCACCUAUUUUGCUCCUCAGCCCUCAUCAGGGUCUUUUCAAACUGAGGCUCAUUAGAGAAAGCCAUAAGCUGUGUUCAAAUCUCUUGGAAGGAGAUAAUUUUCAGGACUGGACGUUUUUUUUUUUUCACUAUUUAAUUUGAAUUUGGCAAAUUGGCAGGGGGCUUGCCAAGUUGUACGAUGCCAAGAAAUUUUUCAGCUUUGGGAAUUUAUCUUUCAUAUACCCAUCUGGGAACAUAAGAGAAAGGCAUGGUCCUCACUGCAAAAAGAGAACAUAUGAAAGAGGUGCUGUGUGCUGGAAGCUGGAGAGUUUUGCCAAGAGAAUCUGGGCCUACAUAAGAUUUGGGCGUUAUCUGUGAUGAGACCAGAAAGCAAUAACUCAGACAAGAAGAAAUGUUCUGUACACCAGUAUCCCCAAAAGGAGACUCUACCCCAUCAAAUGAUAUAUUGAAAAUGAAUCUUGUUGCUAUUUUCCUGAAGCCUUUUUAUAUUUUCAAAAUUACUGAGAGCUAAAUAUAUUACUCAGUUUUAAAUGCCACCACUAGGGGAAAGAGAGAUGACUGAAGAAAUAGUUGCUUAAUAUAUUUGUAGUUAGGGUAGAAGAAAUAAGUCUAGUAUAUUAAUUCAUAUACUAGUGAAGUCAUGUAGUUUAAGAUUUUAUUGUGAUGUUAGAUGGGAGUUUUGUCAUGUUAUCUAAGAUAGAAACAUUCUUUGUUUAAAUCUGGGUUAUGGAAAUUUUUAGUUGAUUACUUGUUUUUCUUGGCCAUCUCUUAAUUUUGCAGUACUCUUCACUGUCUCUUGGAAAUUCUGUAUCACAUGAACAUGAACAAAUUUGAGUAAGAGAAGUUGCUGAUAUUCAUAAGCAUGUUAGGACAGUUCGGAGACUCCAUGAAUAAAACGAGGGCGGUCUUUAAAGUAAAGGAAAACAAAGGUUUGCAACUGAGAUUGAUGGCUUUUCCGUGGAGUAUAGCACCUCCUGAGUCAAUCAUUUUAGCUGACUCAACAUUUCAAGGGAAGACUUCUCCAUUGCCCCUCCUUCUAAUCUGCAAAAGAAUCAACUGUUGCCUUUAUGAAGCCUAGAACUUCUUUAAAAAAGUUAGUCUAAAAUUAAAUUAUCGUAAAAAGCAAGCACGGACAUAAGUUUGCCAGUUGAAUUGACCAUUAAAGUAAAACUUGACUGUGGGCAAGUUAGCUGUUGUUGACCCCUGUGUCAGUUAAUUGACGUUUGUCUUACCCCAAGAGAACAAAAGCUGCUAGGAAGUGUAGGUUCUCAAAUAGGCAGUUUAGUGCUUUGAGGGGUUCUAGAAAUAUAGAAAGUCAUCAAGUAAACACUACAUGUUUAAUCAUCUCAAAGUUGUGGCUGUUACCUCUUCAGGAACUGGUCCACAGGAUAAAUUUCAAUGACUCAUAUGUUUUCCAAGUUCAUUUCUGAGGAUCUUUAAUAUGAGAGAAAGGAAAUCUGUUGGCACGUGAAGGAAGAGGUAUACCUCCUGAGUGUGAGUUUGGGACCUGUUGGCCAAUGGGAAUGUCACUCUCUAGAAAUACAGAACGUUUGUACUUGUUACUUUGUAGCUUUAAGGACUUUUUUUUUUUCUAAUAGGGCUAAUGUCUCUAAGCUUGGUGCUUAGAGCUGCUUCAUAUUUUACACUAGUUCCAUUUCAGAGUUCUAGUUAUUCAAACCAACUUUUAUAGCCUCCUGGGUGGGUCAUCUUGACCUAAACUCUUGAAUUGUUAUAUUUUGAGAUGUUUUCAUACCAGAACGUACCAAAAAGUACACAGAGUGAAGGUAAUUUACAACAAGAAACAAAUACACAGCUUAUUUCAUUUGACUUUAUGUAAGCAGAUAAGCAACCUGUUUAACUUAUUAUUUUGCUUGAUAUGUCAUAUAUUUUUGACUGAAAAUUGUAGAAGUUGUUCCUCUUAUGAGAGUCUUAUGGGUGGAAGAAUGGGAAUAGCAGUAUCGCCUCUGAUUCAAACUGGCAUCACCAGGGUGGAAUUGAAGCCAGCUUUUCAUAGUUGAAAUACAAUUUUUUAUUCACCAUUGUCUGCACAAACCUUGAAAUUAAAAUUUUCUUU